CGGGGCCGGGGGGCGGCGCUCCGGCCCGGCCCGGCCCCGCCCGAUGUCCAUGAGCGCGAACACCAUGAUCUUCAUGAUUCUGGGGGCGUCGAUCGUGAUGGCCAUCGCGUGCUUGAUGGACAUGAACGCGCUGCUGGACCGAUUCCACAACUACAUCCUCCCGCACCUGCGGGGCGAGGACCGCGUCUGCCACUGCAACUGUGGCCGGCACCACAUCCACUACGUGAUCCCGUACGACGGGGACCAGUCGGUGGUGGACGCCUCCGAGAACUACUUUGUGACGGACAACGUGACCAAGCAGGAGAUCGACCUCAUGCUGGGGCUGCUGCUGGGCUUCUGCAUCAGCUGGUUCCUGGUGUGGAUGGACGGCGUCCUGCACUGCGCCGUGCGCGCCUGGAGGGCCGGCCGGCGCUACGAUGGCUCGUGGACCUGGCUGCCCAAGCUGUGCAGCCUGCGGGAGCUCGGCCGGCGGCCACACAGGCCGUUCGAGGAGGCCACGGGGAACAUGGUGCACGUGAAGCAGAAACUCUACCACAACGGCCACCCCAGCCCGCGGCACCUGUGAGCCGCGCAUGGACUCGCCGGGGCCGCUGGCCACUGUGUGGAUGCAAAAGGGACCUCGGGGACGCCCAGGCCGGUGGGACUGGACAGCGGCCUCGGGCCCAGGGUGUCCGGGGCUGUGGCCGGCCGGGCAAGUCCAGUGGAAGGUGCU